UAUGAAUAAAUCGAGUCAGUUGUGAGUUGACUGCCAAACAGAAUAAACGUGUACAGAUCAGGUGUGGCCGAACACACGCGAGAGAGAAAAAAAAAAAAAAAAAAAGAGAACGACGCCAACCAGUGUGAAAUUAACAAACAGUGAAAUCUUUUAAUAAGAUUAGAACAUUAAACUGAAAAUAUUAAAGGGAAAUGGUGCGUGAAGAUUUAGUGGCCCAGCUGAGGCUGGCAGGAGUCAACUUUCCACCAACGGCAACAAUUGCCCAGCUACGCGAAUUGUUGAGAGAAGUGGUAGGGGCAAGCGUCUCAUCGAGUGCAUCGUCAUCGCCGACACCAAUACCACCACAAGUAAGCGUAGCAGCUAGCGGCACACCACCACAAGGGCAAGCAGAAAAUGUAGAGACACAGCAACAGCUAGACAACGCAAUUACGCCAACGACUCGACAACAAGCAGAUGUUCUGUUACAAACACCAACAACAACAAAAGAAAUGGCAAGCAAACAAGGGCAUGCAAACGGACAAGCAGUUGGGGUGGUAACAGACAAAGAAGGGCAUGCAAGUAAACGAAACGAAAUAGCGAGCAAUCCAGAGCAUGCUGGCGAACAAGACAAGAUAAUGCAAGAAUUAGAGAGGCAAAUAAAAAUCUUGAAACUAAAGAAAGAAAUUAGCGAGCUGGAAGAACAGUUGGAAACAAGAAAAAGUGUUGCCACAUUUUCUGAUGUGGAAGGUGCGUUGCCAAAAUUUUCAGGGGACAACCAAUUAAUAAUAACAAAGUGGAUACAGGAAUUUGACAACAUAACCAACGUAAUGAAGUGCUCUAAAACAGAACAAUUCAUUUAUGCACGGCGUAUGUUAAAAGGUAGCGCGGCCCUGUUUUUACGCAGCACAAAGUCAAAUUCCUGGGAAGGCCUGAAAAAAGAAUUAUUGAAUGAGUUUGGCAGAGUAGUUGGGGCGAAGGAAGCUCUAAGAAAGUUGGACGCUAGAAAAUGGGACAGACAAAAAGAAAGCCUACACCGGUAUGUCCUAGAAAUGCAACAACUAGCGGAAGACACUCCACUCUCGCAGAAAGAAAUAGUGGAGUACAUAGUGGAUGGUAUGCUAGACAAAUCAGUGGCAGCUUCCAUAUUCUUCAAGGUGGUCACGGUAGCCGAAUUUAAAGAGCUGAUACCAAAAUACGAGAAAAUGGUGGCGGACCGAAAACAAUAUCAGCCGAAAAGUGAUGUGGUGAAGCAGGCACCGCCAACAGUCAAGUGCUUCCGAUGCUCGAAGUAUGGGCAUUAUUCAACAACUUGCACAGAGGGACAGCGGCCAAUAGCGUGUUUCACUUGCGGAAAAAAGGGGCACAUGAAGAUCAAUUGCCCACUACGGACGGUAGCGGCAAUCCCAGACGAGGAGGAAGUAGAUUGGAACAUACAGCCCAUGUAGUUUUGUUAACCAAUCAGUGAUCCGGUCGGUGUCCCCACAACUUCAGAUGAAAAAAAAGAGAGUUUCUAAAUAUAAGGGUUUGGACGGUAGAAAGCUGAAAGUAUGCGGACGUCUUCCGGCAUUUGUAGAGUUCGGAGGUGUUAAAAGAAAAAUGAAUUUUAUUGUUUUGCCUGAUAGCGCCCCGUGUACCUUGGUGCUCGGGCGUGACUUCCUAAAAAUAUUUAAUAUUGUUUUAUGUUUGAAAAAUGGGAACCCGAACCCAACUGAAUUUUGUGACAGAUUCGGGAAAAAAUGUAUCAAUUUAUUUUUAAAAGCAGACCCUCAACCUGAAGUAAAUCCAGGGCUGCUAAAAAUAAAUGGAAAAGUAAAACCGAAUGAAAA